AUGGGUUUAACAGUUCCAGGUUGUCAACAGCAGCAGCAGCAGCAGCAGCAGCAGCUGAGAACAAAAAAGUCGAUUGCCACCUCCCUCACACACCUUUCUUCAGCUUGGAGGCUAAAGGAGCUGCUCUUCUUCAAUAAGGUGUUAAAGAGAAAAUCAAAGAUCUCCUCUUCUCGAAAGCUUGGGUUAAAGAUUAGACUCUUGGCAGUUGCUGCUCAGAUGCUGCAGGACGAGAUAGAGCAGAAGAAGAAGGAGAGAGAAGCUGCUCUGGCAGAACGAGUCCCUCCUCUAAAUCUGUCUGGACUAUCUUUGCAACAGCUUCAGGAUAUUUGCAAAGACUUGCACCACAAGAUUGAAGUUGUGGAUGAGGAGUGGUAUGAUAUUGGCCUCAAGGUGUCCAAAAAUGACAAAGAGAUUCAAAACAUGAAUCUGAAGAUCGUUGAGAUUCAGAGUAAAUUCAAGAAACCGACCCUGAAGAGAGUGAAGAUCUCAGCUGAAGCCAUGCUGAGUGUUCUGCUGGGCUCCAGACAUAAGGAGUCCAUCGACUUCAAGGCCAACCUGAAAACAGUCAAGAAGGAAGAGGAAAAGAAAGAGGAGGUUACUGAUUGGCGCAAGAAUGUGGAGGCCAUGUCUGGUAUGGAGGGCAGGAAGAAGCUGUUUGACGCCUCCGGCAACUAA